AAAAUUUCAAACAAAAAGUGAGAAAAAUUCUGGGUUUUUAAUAUUUUUUUAUGAUAAAUAAUCUUGAUUUUAGCAUACUUCUUUUAGAAUUUAAAUCUUUUAAAAGUAUACCCACUGAGCAAUGUUCUUUCCUUCAUUCUCACGUUGUAAAGGCUGAAAAAAAGCUUGCAUUUUCAUAAAGAAGGCUUCUGGUUUACUUCUCACUAAGCUCCAAUGCUCUCACAGCCUCCAUUUAUCUUUUUCCCCUUUGGUUUAGCGUUGCAUUAACUCCCACUUCUUCCCAUCAUAGAUCUUCCAUUUUCAGCUUCAACCCAAUGGAGAAACUCCUUGAACUAGCACGUUCCAAGGACCCAAAGGACCGAGCAACAGGGGCUGAGCUUCUUCAUUCUCUUCUCCAGUCUUCCACUGGACCCUUGUCUUCUUCCGACGUUGAAUCUCUUGUUUCAGCUUGUCUUCACCUUCUCAAUGACCCAUCUAACUUAAACGCCUCUUUGGGAGCUCUCCAGUGUCUAGCAUCUGCUGCCGUGCUCUCAGCUGACAACUUGAAGCUGCAUUUUGAUGGGGUUUUACCUGCAAUUGUGGAGUGCUUAGGGGAUGAUAAGCAGCCUCUACGUGAUGCAGCUAGAGGGCUGUUGUUGACUUUCAUGGAGGUUUCUUCUCCAACUAUCAUUGUAGAUAAAGUUGGGCCGAUAACCUGGGCGCAUAACAGCCCGAGAGUUCGUGAAGAGUUUAUGAGGACUGUCACUUCUGCUAUCACUGUUUUUACGUCGAUGGAGUUCAUGAAGGCUAUUCUUCCUCCGAUUUUACAGAUGUUGAAUGACUCAAUUCAGAGCAUUAGAGAAGGUGCUACAUUGUGCAUUGAGGAAAUGUACAUGCAGUUUGGGCCUGAAUUUCUUGCUGAACUCCAGCGAAACAAUCUUCCUUCAUCAGUGUUAGGAGAUAUUAAUAUCAGAUUGCAGAAGAUAGAACCGAAGGUCUUCAGUUUCAAUAGACACGUGUCAUCUGCUUCUUCUGAUCAAGUUGACUCAGCCAAGGGGAACCAAGCAGAGAGCAAUCCUAAGACAAAGGAUUCUUUUAAAGAUAUAUCUGUUUCUGGAGGAGAGAUUGACUUUACAGACAAACCCAUAGUUCCAGUUACUUUAAACUCUGAAAAGGAGCUAAUAAGAGAAAUGGAGAAGAUUGCGUGUAUGCUUGUAGCGGAAAAUGAUUGGUCUGUUCGAAUAGCUGCUAUGCAGCAAGUUGAAGCUUUUGUCAUCGGAGGUGCCACCAGUUAUCCAUGCUUUCAUGCUCUCUUGAAGCAACUUGUUGCACCUCUUUGCACACAGUUGUCCGACCGAAGGUCUAGCAUUGUAAAGCAGGCUUGUCAUCUCUUAUGUUUCUUGUCAAAAGAGCUGUUGGGGGAUUUUGAAGCUUGUUCGGAAAUGUUCAUACCGGUCCUUUUCAAGCUGGUUGUGAUUACGGUUCUUAUAAUAGCUGAAUCCGCAGACACCUGCGUCAAAACAAUGCUGCGUAACUGCAAAGUUUCCCGUGUACUUCCUCAAAUAGUUAAUCAUGCAAAACAUGACCGUAAUGCAGUACUCCGUGCUAGAUGCUGUGAGUACUCUCUUCUGAUGCUGGAGUACUGGGCCGAUGCGCCAGAAAUACAGAAAUCUGCUGAUCUUUAUGAGGAUCUUAUAAAAUGCUGUAUAGCUGAUGCAAUGAGUGAGGUACGGUCAAAUGCUCGUCGUUGCUACAGACUGUUCAAGAAAACUUGGCCAGAGCGUUCUCAGCAACUAUUUCUGUCCUUUGAUUCAGUCGUCCAAAGGAUGAUAAACGAUGAAGAUGGGACCACGCAUAGACGCCAUCCUUCUCCUUCAGUUCGAGUAAGGGAUGUCCGUAAAUCCCAUAAGGCUUUUCAAGCACCUACUUCUACAACUUUACCUGGACCUGCAACUUCAGCAGUUACCACAGUGGAUCGGAAUAGGGCUGUAGCAGGAGGCAUUCCUCUAUCUGCUGGUCCAUUUCUCUCUGAAGUAAAGUCGCAUCGAAAUGGUACUGAAAGAAGUUUUGAAAACAUGCCGCAUGCAAACAAACAGCGGGCUCCAGCUAUCGAAAAUGCGCUUGCUGGUUUAAAUCUAUCUGAGAAACUCAGUUAUCAAAAGAAGCGGUCAGCUAGCUUUGAUUUAGGAGUUGACCCUCCUCCAGCUUGUGGCCUCUCAUUUCCCCCUAUUGUCGCUGCUUCAGCUGUUACUGCAAAUGCUAUUUUUACUGACUCAACUGCGUCAACCGUUAAAGCUUGUUUGUCAUCGAAAUCAGGGAAGCAAGCUUGUGGUUUUAUGGAAGAGCAUUCUGAUGAUAGGUUUGCCCGGAAAUCCGUAGAUAAGCAUAUUGACAAACAGUAUGUAGAGACUUCUUCAAAAGAUGCCAAUUUUAGGGACUUCCAAGGUAAUAUUAUUCCAAACUUCCAGAGGCCGCUUUUAAGAAAGAACAUUUCAACUCGAGUUUCUGGAAGCAGUAGAAGCUUUCUAGAUGACAAUCAGAUACUACUUAGUGAAACGUCAAACUAUGUGGAUGGCCCAGCAUCACUCCAGGAGGCUCUGACAGAGGGUCUCAGUCCAAAUUCCAAUUGGUCCGCUAGAGUUGCGGCUUUUAAUUAUGUCCGAAGUCUGCUGCAGCAGGACCAAAAAGGCGUGCAAGAAGUUGCACAGAAUUUUGAGAAAGUCAUGAAGUUGUUUUUCCAACACUUGGAUGAUCCACACCAUAAAGUUGCACACGCCGCUCUCUCGGCCCUUGCAGAUAUAAUUUCAGCAUGUAGAAAGCCUUUUGAAAGUUACUUGGAUCGAAUCUUACACCAUGUGUUUUCAAGGUUAAUUGAUCCGAAGGAAUCAGUUCGGCAGCUUUCUGUAAUGAAUCUGGAAGUUGUAAGCAAAGCCUAUGGCAUAGAUUCUCUUUUACCAGCUUUGCUCCGCGCAUUAGAUGAACAGAGAUCACCGAAGGCAAAACUGGCUGUUAUAGAAUAUGCUAUCAGUUCCUUCAAGAAGAAUGCUAUGAAUUCAGACGGUGCUGCUAAUAGCGGCAUUCUAAAGCUGUGGAUUGCUAAAUUAAUACCUUUGAUCUAUGAUAAAAACACAAAACUAAAAGAAGCAGCCAUCUCCUGCAUUGUAUCCGUACAUACUCACUAUGACUCCACUGGUGUUAUAAACUACAUCAUGUGUAUGUCAGCUGAAGAGCAAAAUUCUCUAAGGCGAAUUCUUAGGCAGCAAACUCCUCGAAUUGAAAUGGAUCUUAUGAACUUCUUGCAGAACAAGAGAGAAAGACCCCGUCCUAGAAACAGUCACGAGCCAUCUGAUGUCGGACUUUCUCCUGAUGGUGAAUAUACUGGUGCAUUGAAGAAGGCUUACUAUUUUGGAAGAUAUUCUUCGGGUUCGAAUGAUAUCGAUAACAGCAAGAAGUUGUUCUCCAUGCAAGAACCGAUGCAAGUUUUAGAACCUAUUGCUCAAAAAGUAUCAAGUGAAGCUCAGAAAAAUUUACCUCAGAAUCUCGAAGGUGGCUCUAAUAAUGCUUUUACUUGCACUACUACUGGUGCUGAUGAAAAUAUGGAAUCCCCAAUGAGCCAUCCUGAUGGUGUUGAUUGUGAGAAUUCAAUGAACAACGACUGGCCUUCGUCAUGUUCUGACAUGAAUACAAUGACAAUCUCUAAUCAUUUUGGAGUAAGCAAUUCCAAUGUUGGUAUUGACACUUUUGUUGAUGUCAAUAAUAGUCAUGAGAAUUCCAGCAAUACCAAGACUUUCUCUUCUCUAAAAUCGCGUAUCAUCAUUCCUCAAAUUCUUCACCAGAUUUCUAACAAUAAGGAGAGUGCAACCAUUAGACAGCAAGCACUUCAGCAGCUCAUAGAAGCUUCCAUGGAUACAAACCUUUUGAUAUGGACAAAGCAUUUCAAUCAGAUUCUGAAAGUUGUCAUUGAGGUGUUGGACGAUCCUGAUUCUUCAACCCGGGAAUUGACCUUGCAGUUAGUAGCUGACAUGGUGAACAAACAGAAAGAUGCGAUGGAAGAUUCUAUUGAAAUUGUAAUUGAAAAGUUACUUCAUAUUGCUAAGGAUGCAGUUUCCAAGGUUUCAAUUGAAGCAGAGAAAUGCUUAUCAAUGAUUUUAUCAGAAUAUGACCGUUUCAAAUGUAUAACUGUUAUUGUAGCCCUUUUAAUCCAUGAAGAUGAGAAAACUCUUAUUUUUUGCAUCAAGAAAUUAACAAAGCUUGUCCAUCGGCUUUCUCAAGAGGAACUUCUGGCUCAGCUACCUUCAUUUUUACCGGUUCUUUUUUGCGCAUUCAGCAAUCAAAGCGCUGAAGUUCGCAAGACUGUUGUUUUCUGCUUGGUCGACAUUUACGUCAUGCUCGGGAAGGCGUUCCGGCCAUACUUGCAGGAUCUCAAUGGGACCCAGUUGCGUCUGGUGACUCUUUAUGCCAACAGAAUUUCUCUAGCCAGAACUGGAACUUGUGUUGAAGCUAUUAAUUUGCCAGCAGUCUGAAUCUGUGAAUUUAGGGGUUCUUUUAUGUAAUUCUUUAUUUAAUUAAUUUUCCUUUUUCAUAUAUUUGUCUUUGGUGUUCUUGUGAUUUUGAGUUUGAGUUUGGAAUAGAAAGCGUGAAUUUUAAGGCUUUGUUGUAGUUAACCUUUUGCCUUGAAAUGCAAGAAAGUGUUCUUUGGCUUGAA